AUGUUGUGUGUGUCAGGUUGUAAAGAGUGCUGUGAGCGCUGUGUGGGCAGCCUGCCCUGGGCCUCGCUCAUCGCCACCAUUCUGCUCUACAUGGGGGUGGCCCUGUUCUGCGGCUGCGGCCACGAGGCUCUGAGUGGCACCGUCACGAUCCUGCAGAACUACUUUGAAGUCAUCCGAGCCCCGGGAGAAACUCUGGAUGUGUUUACCAUUAUUGACAUCCUGAAGUACAUCAUCUAUGGCCUUGCAGCUGGGUUCUUUGUGUUUGGAGUGUUGCUGCUGGUGGAGGGCUUCUUCACCACGGGAGCCAUCAGGGAUCUGUAUGGAGAGUUCAAGAUCUCUGCCUGCGGACGCUGCUUGACUGCAUUCGUAAGAAAUCUUUGUAACCA